CCCUGACACACAGCCUUUCCAAUUCUAGUAUAUGUCUGCCAUAUGAAGGGAGCAGAGCGGUGACAUCAAAGCACAACAGGACCUGCGGUUGCAGUAUUUGAAACAUACAAUUCACAUUUCUCACCCUUUUUCUCAGAUAAAAUGAAUCUGUCAGAUGCUCUGGGUGGUGGACCGGGCUGUCCAGGCCAGAACAACCAGCAGGGUGGUGGGGGCGUGUGGCCUGGUGGACAACCAAACCAACCAACAUGGCCAGGACAGCCUGGUGUUCAACCGGCUUGGCCUGGUCAGCAGCAACCAGGCCAGCCCACCCCCAUGUGGCCUGGACAACAACCAAACCCUUCCCAACCCUCAUGGCCGGGGCAACAAUAUGGAGGUGGAGUACAGCCCAGCCAGCCAACCUGUCCCGGACAACCAGGGGGAGGACCGCCCAGCCAGACAACAUGGCCAGGGCAGCCUAGCCAACCUACUGCUCCUCAAUAUCAUUCACUGAAAGUGCCAUAUGUUCAGAGCCUGCCAAACGGAUGCUAUGACGAGAUGGUCAUCACCAUUAAUGGGACAAUUAACCACAAUGCCAAAAUGUUCACAUUGAACCUGACCAAAGGGAAUGACAUUGCCAUGCACAUUAACCCUCGCUUUGAUGACCAUGGCAAGAAAAUUAUUGUGAGGAACAGUCUGAUUGGCAAUAAAUGGGGCAAAGAGGAGAGAGGACACAACCACUUCCCCUUCACUCAGGGCCAGCCCUUUGAGAUGAAAAUCAUGUGCACUAGCAAUGAGUUCAGGGUGGCAGUGAAUAGCUCACACCUCCUGGAGUUCAAACACCGCAUCUGUGACCUCGACUCAAUCAAACACCUGGGUAUCUACAAUGACGUCACCCUCACGUCUGUGGAGAUCAAUGACUUUAUCUAGCAGGUUUGGUUAGCCAUAGAAAUAGAAUGACUAGCAUGGCCUAGCCUCAAGUUAUUUAUGAUUCCAAAGACUUCCCUUAAUUGUCUAUAAACAGAAAAGUACAGUAGCUUGACUCCAGCUUUAAUUAAGCCACUAGGACUGUCACAUUCUGUACUAGGCCGGUCUGUUCUGUUAAAAUAUAUUUUGAUAAGUGAAAUUUGUACAUGGCCAAUUCAUACUUUGGUCUUCAAGUAAUUUGUGUAAGCUGGUAAUGUAUAGACUGUAUGCAAUAAAUGGGGUGUUGGCAGAUUUUUCUCCAUGUAAUA